AUGUCUACAGAACAAAUUGAAAAGAAGGUCGAAGACCUUUCUAUCAAAAAAGAGGCUCCUGUUCAGAAGCAAGCGGCUCCAAAGAAGGGAAAGAAGGAGAAGGCAGCUAAGGAGGGAGAGUCCAGCAGACCGGUCUUCUUAACUCCUCAGCCAGCGUUUAUUGACCACAGAAUCAAGAUCUUUGAAGAAAUCAAGGCAAAGAGAGAUGCAGAGAUCGCUGCGCAGGAAAGAAAGGCCAUCAGUGUCGAGUUGAAGGACGGUACUGUGAAAGCUGCCACCUCGUGGGAAACGUCUCCAUUGGACAUUGCUAAGGAGAUCGGCAAGUCCUUUGCAGACAGACAAGUGAUUUCCAAGGUCGAUGGUGAAUUGUGGGAUUUGGAAAGACCAUUGGAAAAGGACUCUAAGCUUGAAUUCUUGGACUUUGAGCAUCCUGAAGGUAAGGCCGUUUUCUGGCAUUCCUCUGCCCACGUUUUGGGUGAAGGAUGUGAAUGCCAUUUCGGUGCUCACUUGUGUUUCGGUCCUCCAACUGAGGACGGGUUCUUCUACGACAUGGCCAUCGAUAACGGUGAGACUGUCGUGUCCCAGGCCGACUUCAACAACAUCGAAACCGCUUGUCAAAAGGCUAUCAAGGAAAAGCAGCCUUUCGAAAGACUGGUCAUGACCAAGGAGGAGUUGCUCGAAAUGUUCAACUACAACAAGUACAAGCAAGAAUUGAUUAAGAGCAAGAUUCCAGAUGGCACCUCUUCCACCGUUUACAGAUGUGGUCCAUUGAUCGACUUGUGUAGAGGACCUCACGUGCCACACACUGGUAGAAUCAAGACCUUCAAAGUUUUGAAGAACUCUGCGUCUUACUUCUUGGGUGACGCAGCUAACGACUCUUUACAGAGAGUUUACGGCGUCUCCUUCCCCGACAAGCAAGCUAUGAAGGAUUACAUGAAGUUCUUGGAAGAGGCAGCUUCAAGAGACCAUCGUAAGAUCGGUAGAGAGCAAGAUUUGUUCUUUUUCCACGAGAUGUCUCCAGGCUCUUGUUUCUGGUUACCACAUGGUGCCAGAAUUUACAACACCCUUGUUUCCAUGAUGAGAGAACAGUACCAAAUUAGAGGUUACCAAGAAGUCAUUACUCCAAACAUGUACAACUCCAAAUUGUGGGAAACCUCCGGACAUUGGGCGAACUAUAAGGAGAACAUGUUCACAUUCGACGUUGAAAAAGAGAAAUUCGGUUUGAAGCCUAUGAACUGUCCAGGUCACUGUGUGAUGUUCAAAUCUAGAGAAAGAUCUUACAGAGAGUUGCCAUGGAGAGUUGCCGAUUUCGGUGUUCUUCACAGAAACGAGUUUUCCGGUGCAUUGUCAGGUUUAACCAGAGUUAGAAGAUUCCAACAAGAUGAUGCCCAUAUUUUCUGUACCCAAGAUCAAAUCGGUGACGAAAUCACAAGUAUCCUUGAGUUCUUGAAGCACGUCUACGGUAUCUUUGGUUUUGAAUUCAAGAUGGAAUUGUCAACCAGACCUGAAAAGUACCUCGGUGACUUGGAAACGUGGAAUGCCGCAGAAGCUAAAUUAGAAAGCGCAUUGAAUCAAUGGGGAGGUGCAUGGGAGCUUAAUGCAGGUGACGGUGCCUUCUACGGUCCUAAGAUCGAUAUCACGAUUUCAGAUGCUUUGAAAAGAUGGCACCAGUGUGCCACGAUUCAGUUGGAUUUCCAGUUGCCAAAUAGAUUUGAAUUAGAGUUCAAGGCAAAGGAUGAUUCAGCUGCUAGCGCUAGACCUGUCAUGAUUCACAGAGCCAUCUUAGGUUCUGUCGAAAGAAUGACUGCUAUCUUGACGGAACAUUUUGCAGGUAAAUGGCCAUUCUGGUUAUCUCCAAGACAAGUUCUUGUUGUUCCAGUUGGUGUCAAAUAUAUCGAGUACGCUGAAGAAGUCAGACAAAAAUUACACGAUGCUGGUUUCUUCGCCGACGUCGAUGUCACCGGUAACACCUUACAAAAGAAGGUCAGAAAUGGUCAAGUCCAAAAAUACAACUUUAUCUUCAUUGUCGGUGAACAAGAAGCUACCGAAAAGUCUGUCAACAUCAGAAACAGAGAUAUCCAAGAUUUACAGGGUAAGAACGAAGCACUUGCUUUAGAUUUGGUUAUCACCCAAUUGACCAAAUUAAAGGACUCUAAGAGAAGAGAUAAUAAACUCGAAUGA